AUCUAUCAAAUAACGUGAUAACUGGUUCGAUAUCCCCUUCCUUAUGCCAACUGAGAGAUUUGUUUAAUCGGCGUCUCUCCAAGAAUCUAUUGUCAGGUCACCUUCCACAAUGUUGGGCUAACUUAUCUUACUUAAGGGUUGCAACAUUGUCAUCUAAUAAGCUUUCUGGGCCCAUUCCAAACUCCAUUAGUGGAGCUUACUCGUUGGGAUGGUUGCAACUGAGUAACAACAGUUUUAUAAGGAAACUACCUCCAAAUUCGAAAAAUUGCACCCAGUUAAUGGGUUUGGAUAUUGGAGAAAACAAGUUAUCAGGGAAAGUUCCAGAAUGGAUUGAAAACAAUCUGCUUAAUCUGGCAAUUCUUAGACUAAGUAACAACAAAUUCUACGGAGACAUUCCAUCCUCUUUCUGUCAGAUGUCCAAACUUCAAAUAAUGCACCUUGCAAACAACAAGUUGACCGGAAACAUCUCACGUUGCUUUGGCAAUUUUUCGGGAAUGUAUAGCGAAAAUACACGAUUCUUGGUCAAUUUUGAUCUUUCAAGUAAUCAACUAGUUGGAGAAAUCCCUUUGGAGCUGACAAACCUCACUGACUUGAUCGGUCUCAAUUUGUCUCAUAAUCAUCUAAGAGGACAAAUCCCAUUGAAGAUUGGAGAUAUGGUCUCUCACGAAUCACUUGAUCUUUCCAACACCUAUUUGUUUGGAACAAUUCCAGAGAGCUUAUCGAAGUUGACCUUUCUGAGUCAUUUGAACUUGUCCAACAAUAAUUUGUCUGAGCGUAUCCCGAUGGCAUCUCAACUUCAAACACUCAACGGAAGUUCGGAUUAUGAGGGAAACCCUGGACUAUGCAUGCUGCCGAGAUGGCUCCAUUCCAUAACAAAUCUGACUGAGUUAGACCCAUCCAACAACCAUAUUGAUGGAUCUAUUCCAAAUCUUCCUUUCAGAAUCCAAGUUUUAGACCUAUCAAAUAACGCGAUAACUAGUUCGAUACCCGAUUCCUUAUGCCAAAUGAGAGAUUUUUUUUUUAUUUGCGUCUCUCCAAGAAUCUUUU